AUGAAGUUCUCGGCUACUAUCCUCAGCGCAGCGCUGCUCACAACGUCUGCCAUCGCAGCCCCUCUCACCGAACGCCGCGCAGCCCGCAACGCUGCCCGCGCUGAUGGCAGAGCUAGCCGAAUCAGCCGUCCUCCUUACAAGCCAGACACCAGAGAGCUUCUUUCUCUGAACCGGACCACCCACGAGGAUUACAGCACCAACUGGGCCGGUGCUGUCCUUAUUGGCACCGGAUACACCUCUGUCACCGGUCAAUUCACCGUUCCCACCCCGAAACUUCCUUCGGGUGCCUCGUCCAGCGAGCAGUACUGUGCCUCCGCCUGGGUCGGCAUCGACGGUGACACUUGCAGCACUGCCAUUCUCCAGACUGGAAUUGAUUUCUGCAUCCAAGGAAGCACAGUUUCGUAUGAUGCCUGGUACGAGUGGUAUCCGGAUUAUGCCUACGACUUCAGUGGCAUCUCAAUCUCCGCUGGAGAUGUGAUUGAGGUUACUGUGACCGCCAAGUCCAAGACUGCCGGUACUGCUGUCGUCAAGAAUGUGACUACAGGCAAAUCUGUUACCCAUACUUUCACUGGUGGGAAUGAUGGGGAUCUGUGCGAGUACAAUGCUGAAUGGAUUGUCGAGGACUUUGAAAGCAAUGGCGAGCUGGUUCCCUUUGUCGACUUUGGAACUGUGACUUUCACGAACGCAAAGGCUACGACUGGUGGAAAGUCUGUUGGCCCCUCUGGAUCCACUCUCAUCGACAUCAAGCAGAGCAACAGCAUCUUGACCAAGUCUUCUAUUACUAGCAGCAGUGUUACCGUGAGCUACAUCUAA